AUGUCUCUCGAAACAGACGCCCUGUUGGGCAACCACACACGUUCCAAACCCUCUCGGUUAUCCCUGAUAUCCAAACACCUGCGCAGCGACCUCGACCCGACGUACGGCGACCUGGUCCUGAUAUUCUGUUACGUCAUCACCGGCCUCCUCGACAGCUCCGCGGUGCUUAUAUGGGGCUCCUUCGUGAGCAUGCAAACUGGAAACACUGUGUAUUUUGGCCUGGGCCUCGUUGGUACAGAAGAUGAUCGCUGGAUCAAAUCCGGAGUCUCUAUUGCGGGGUUCUGUUUGGGCUCACUGUGCUUCGCCACCUUUCACCGUGUCUUCCCGGCAAGACGGAGAUGGGUGCUCUGUGCGUCGUUCCUUGCGCAAACCUUAUGUGUCUGUCUUGCCGCUUUGAUCGUUACGAUUUAUCGGCCGAGUCGCGGUGAGCCCUUGAGUUGGUUGGUCCUCGUCCCGGUGGCGCUUGUCGCAUUCCAGAGUAGUGGGCAGGCUGUGACGAGUCGUGUUUUGAACUUCGGUGGCUUGACUAGUGUUGUUCUUACUAGUACUUAUUGCGAUUUGUUUUCGCAUCCUGAUUUCCUAUCGAGGAAGGUGGUUGGUCAUGCGGAGGAGAUGCGGCGGAUUGGCGCGGUCUUGUGUUUGCUGCUCGGCGUGGUGUUGGGUGGUCUCUGGGCUCAUAGCUCCGUGGGCAUGAUGGGGGCUUUGUGGACCGCAGCAGGUUUGAAGUUAUUGAUUGUUGGUACUUGGUUGGCCUGGAAUGGAAAGAGCGAGGAUGAUACAGAAUGA